AUGCUGCAAGCCUCCCACACAUCAUCAAAGAAAGUUACUUUCGGAUCGGAAUUGAAUGACGAUCAGCCUCAAGAUCUUGAGGAAUGGAAUCAGGAAAAGAAACCUCUAAAUACACAAGUAAAGAAAAGAAGUACGAGAUUUAAAAAUGUAAAGGGAGGAAAAUCACAAACAAGAGCAUUGGAAAUUAAAAAUCAAAAGGCUAUACUUAUUUACAACAAGUUGAUAGAUGAUGCCAUCCAAAAGAUUAUUUUCUCUCUCAUUGACCAAGAGGAAGUCUCAGAGUUAUAUUUGGAUUUUGUUUGCCAACUAUUACAACCUUUACAUUUUGAAAAUGUUUUGGAAGAGAGAAAUGCUUCGGGAUGGUGCGGAAACCCUCUAUGCCCAAACGAGAUUGACCAAGAAGAGCUUGGAAAAAAUCCAAAAUAUUACAUUGACAUGAAGAGUCUCAAGCUUGUUGACGUUUCAGACUUUUCGCGGAGAUUGUUUUGUUGUGAAAAUUGUAAAAAAGUUGCUUUUAACAAAAUGAACGCUUGUAGCACUACCAUUCCUUACACAAGAAAUUGCAGCAAGCUUUUAUCAAUGUUAUUUCCUGAAAUUGGAGAGGACAAACUUAAUUUAAUGAUUAAUAAGGCAAAGCAAUUGGCUCUAGAAGAUAAAACAGCCACUAUAGCAUUGAAUGUCAAGGAAAAUUCAAACCCAAAAAAACCAAGCAUUGGAGCUCACGAUCCUCUAAACUGUGAAAGUGAUUCAAUAGAAGGAUUUAAACCUAAAAUUAAUAGCCAAACACAACUUGAGGAGAAUAAUAAGACCCCUAAUAUUAAGAAAAUUGGAUAUUUCUUCGAAUCGUGUAGCGAAAGUGAUGGUGAAGAAGAAUUCGAUAUGAGUGAGAUCAAAUUAGAUGACUUUCAAGAGUUAUGGACUUUAUUUUCUCGUCUAGUAACAAAAAGCACAAUAAGAUUUUUUCAAGAUUUCGACAUUGGAACGUCACAUGAACCAGUUCCACAGCACGGUACUAGCACCUCCGACAGCAAAAAAGAGAAGGCGAACGAAUUGAGUGGUCUUAGUUACGAAGAAAUGAAAAUAUAUCAGGAACUGUACAAAGAAGUUGGUAUCGACAUUUCCGAAGAUGUUGAGUCAGUAAAACCAACUGCCACCUACGAAAUUUAUAGCGAAGAUGGAGCAACCAUUAAGGAGGAAGUUCAUCUAGAGCGAUUUCAAGUGUUGUCUCAGUCUUUGAUAGAUAUUGUACCAAAAAUAUGCGAUUCCAUAGGGCACACAAACUACGGUAAAAUUAGAAAGCAAUUCAACGAUCUACUCUCAACAUUUAGCUAUGAAUAUUCGUUACCCUCCCUAGAUGGAAAGAAGCUCAAAAUUAUUGGAUACAUUUUUCUCAAGUUGCUGGCCAUAAAAGAUAAGGAUUUUAUGGAAAAUUUGGUGAACCUCAAAGACAAACAAACACCCGAGUUAUUCGCUCCAAACCAGAUUCCCCAUAAAAGCAGCUCAAAGGUGAAAAGACCCCAAAAAAGAUUAUCUUUGGAGGAGCAACUGAAUCUGCUGGAGGAAUGCAAAGCAAACUUGACCGAGCAUAUGGAAAGCUAUGGAAUCAAAGAGUCACAACAAGGUCUAUUGACAGAUGUUAUACUUUUUGGAGUGUAUUAA